AUGGCAUACCAGCCGGCACCCCUGCCUGUCCUCACUCUCAACUGCAGGGGACUAAACAUCCCAGAACGGAGGACUCACCUCCUACUCGAGCUUAGGAAGCGACACGCAUUGGUGGCAAUGUUACAGGAAACCCACUUCCGAUCUGGAGCAUCGCCUACUCUCCGCAAUAAAUUCUACCCGACAAACCAUUUCUGCAACCACCCUACGGCAAGAAAAGCAGGUGUGGCUACCCUGCUCUCCGCGGACUUGGAGUUCCAGACGCUGGACACUGUUGCUGACACGCAAGGCAGAUAUCUUUUUCUGAAAGGGGCAAUAGCGGGUAAGCUAUAUACCUUUGCUAACAUUUAUGUCCCCAAUAAACGACAAGCAAUGUUCUUAAAGAACGCUCUGGCAAAACUGAACGAUUUCUCAGAGGGCAUCCUAAUCCUCGGGGGUGACUUCAAUGUCCCGCUGGAUCCCAUUCUGGACUCCUCCACAGGACACAGCAGCAUCUCACAACUGCACCUACGAGCAAUCCGGAGAACCCUGGGCAAUAUGGACCUCGCCGAUUGCUGGAGAACGCUCAACCCUUCCGCGAAAGACUUUACAUACUACUCCGCAAUUCACGAUAGGUACUUUCGCAUUGACUACCUUUUUAUCAGACAAGCGGGGUUAUCGCGAAUAGAAUCAGCUAAGAUAGAGCCUGCCACAUGGUCGGACCAUGGUCCCGUGGUUGUGGAACUUGAAUCCCCACUCUUUCGCCCCUCUAGGUGGACGUGGAGACUCAACGAGACCCUACUCCUAGAUCCCGGCACACGGGAACAAGUCUCGCAAGCCCUGACCCACUACUUUCAAGAUAACGCCUCACCGGACAUAUCACCGAUAACGAUUUGGGAAGCUCACAAAAGUGUCUUGCGGGGCACGCUCAUACGCAUAGCUACACAUAAGAAGAAGACCGUGAUGAAGGAAAUGGCUAACCUAUACAGAAGAAUCACGGAGUUGGAAAGCCAGCACAAACGAUCGCUCCUCGUGGAGACGUAUCGGGACCUGAUGCAACCAAGACGACAACUAAAGGAGCUUCUUAUGAAACGCCACCACCGCUCUCUGCAACGCUCUAAAGCCUUUUUUUACACUCACGCUAACAAGGGGGGGCGAUACCUUGCCCGCCUGCUGAGGGGCCAGAUACCCCGCACCCAGGUCCGUAAACUAAAACUUACCUCGGGCGUGACCUCUACCCUACCGGUGGACAUUGCAGGGGAAUUCCAGCUGUUUUAUCGAUCCCUGUAUAACCUAGACGCGGAGGACACACAGAUGCACACGGCACUUAUUAUGGCACGUACACGGGAGUACCUCCAAGACACGGUCGAUUCGGUCAUCUCUCCUGACACAGCUACCGACCUAGAGACCCAGAUCACGGAGGAGGAAUUGGCAGCACCAUUGAAAGCAGCCAAGAAGGGGAAGGCGCCAGGCCCGGAUGGAUUCUCCGUAGGCUAUUAUAAAACAUUUUCAUCCAUAGUCCUACCGUGGCUUACCAAGGCUCUCAAUGCGAUCGCGGAUGGGGGUCGCUUUGGAGCAGAAUCCUUAG